GAUUUCAACUCUGAGAAAAAAAUACUGACUUAUAUAAGGAAGGAAAUAUGCUUGCUUAAUUUUAAAAGCUCACGAUGAAAAGUCUAGUAAACAAACAAUCUGCACUGUAAAUACCAGAGCAGAACUGUGACAUGAUGUUAAACUAUGCUGCACGACAAGUCUGAGUCAAAACACCUGCAUGUUUGGGAAAGUGACAAACUCAAAACACAGGAAGACGAAGGCAGUCACAGCCCUGAUUUCAAAACAACUUAACUUUGUACUCAGACUGUUUCCCAUCAGUUGAACAUUUUCAUGAGAUAUUAAUGAUUAAAGUGACAGGUGCUGACAUUCUGACUUGUCUUAGCAUAAGUUUGGGUAUAAUUAAUUACAUCAGUGAUGAAUCUUUUCCAGUAGAUGUGUCAGUGAAACAGCAUGAACAGUAUUAAGAUCCUGGCACUGAAAACAGUCAUAAUGAUGCUGAUACAGAAUUUAUCUGUUGUCUGAAGCUCUGCUCAUCUGUGAGCACAAAUUUAGAGCUUUAGGGCAAAGUCUAAUGAUCUGUAAAUAGAGAAUCGUGUCAUGCAGGGUUCAAAACAUCACUGACAGCCUGAGUCUACUAAAACUAAUGACACUGAACAAGCUGUAAGAACACUACUGAAGGCGAAAUAUUCACAAGUAAAACUAAAGACAUGCUUAGUUUCUAUUACCCCACUGAAACACUCAAUUACUGUGACUCUAUUAGCAGUGUAAGACUCAGCAAAAUGACCGAAGCUACAGAGCUAAUUAUGACACUAUAGAGUCCUCUACCUGUGAUAAUAUAUGUUUUGUGUAAAUAUUUUAAAAUACAAACUCCCCAGAUCUCAAUCCAAUUGGGCAGUAAAGAAUGAACACAUUCUUAAGAAAAGUACCAGACAAUGACACAAACACACCAACAGAUGGAGGCAGUGGUAUUCCAGUUCUGCUCAGUAAAAUUCCUGUUUUGUCAGUGGCAAAAGCAAGAACUUUAGUGUACGAACUCUGAUGUGGACGAUUGUCCAUUGGAUCAUUUACACCCAAAACAUGGAGAAUAAGACCAGUUAUCUUCGGUUGUCUUGGCAACAUAUUUUAUUGGUCACACAAUAUUAAGACCAUUUAUUCCCCAUUUCUUCCACUGGAUAUUUUGGCCAUUGAUAUUUUCAUGACAGCGGAAAACAGCCAAAAACCAGCAUAUGCAACAGAGGAGAUAAUGUUGGCUACAAAAGCAGGAAGCCUGCUGAGUUUAUGACACAUCCCUGCUAAUAUCUAAUCACAUCACAGCCAGUAAACAACACACCAUGAGUCAAAAGAUGAUAGUGCUUUUUAUUGUGGAUUUCCUGCAUUUAAACAGACUGAACAGGAAAGAGAAAUAACUCCCUGUCGUGACUCGUGUCAGUCAUUCUCCCUUUGUCACUCUUUAAAACCAUCUGAUAUCAAUCUGUGAUAUUAAUCUGUGUUUUCAGUAGCAGCUGAUGAUCAGUGAUGGAAACCAGUCCGAGCUUGCUCUCCGUAUGAUUCAUAGCUCUGAUGAUGAAACCAUCAAUCACCAACUGGAUUUCCUUCAGCUCAGUUGAUUUCCAACCUCGCCUGACCAAGGUUAAAAAACUCUCACGGCAUUCCUCACAUGUCCGUACAGAGGCCUCAGAUAUGAGAGGCAGAGAGUCCACACACUGUCCUCAUCCCUGAGCUUCCUCUGAUAAAUCCCUCGGAGGCAGGAGAAAGGAGGGAAAACGUCAGGGCAUCCUGGUAAAAACCACCAAACACCUCAGGGGCGGACUAUCUCUCUCGGCUCUGACAAGUUUCCACAAGUGUUGCGGCUGUAAUUCAAGCUGUAACGGCUUAUUUAAAGAGGAGCUAUUUAGACUCCCAGAGAAGAGCGAGGGUGGUGUUUAUGUGUAACAGGUAAUAAUUUCACAACUCACAGAGCGGACGGCGGGAUCCCAAAACAGAUAAGAUUCCUGAUUCAAAAUGAACAAAGUCAAACAUUUCUCCAUCUUCAUCACCAUGUUAGCCCUGCUGAGCUACUGCCAGACCUUACCAAGGACGGAUCCUCCCAUCCAUCCUCAUUACCCCUUCCUGUUCAUGUGGAACGCCCCGACUGAGCUGUGCGACAUCCGCUUCGGCCUGCCCCUCGACCUCUCCCACUUCCACAUUGUCAGCAGCACCCUGAAAACAGCGACGAACCAAAGCAUCUCCAUCUUCUACACUGACCGCUUUGGCAUCUUCCCCUAUGUGGACGAGGACACUGGUGAGAUGUACGAUGAGGGUCUGCCACAGCUGAUAGACCUGAAGGAGCACCGCGAGCUGGCCGAGGACGACAUCGAGUACUAUAUUCCUGCCAACCAGCCAGGCCUUGCUGUGCUUGACUUUGAGGAGUGGAGGCCGCAGUGGAUUAGAAACUGGGGCAGUAAAGACAUCUACCGACAGAUUUCUAUCGAAACAGUCAAGAAGAAAAACGCAUCACUCUCUGAUGAUGAGGCAGAAGACCGGGCAAAGAUUGUCUUUGAACGUGCAGCCAAGAGGUACUUCCUCCGGUCUAUUGGCCUUGGCAAGAAGCUGAGGCCCAACAGACUCUGGGGUUACUACCUGUAUCCCGACUGCUACAACUACGACUACAACCAGGACAUGACGCGCUUCACCGGAGAGUGUCCCGCCAUCGAGAAGGACAGAAACAAUGACCUGUUGUGGCUCUGGAACGUGUCCACAGCGCUCUUUCCAUCCAUCUAUCUGGAGGAGGUGCUCAAAGACUCCCAGCAGGCCCGGCUGUUCGUCCGCCAUCGAAUCCAAGAGGCCAUGAGGGUGUCGACGCUCCCCAACAACUCCUACUCCAUCCCGGUCUACGCCUACAUCCGCCCCGUGUACAAGGACAGCAUCAACGACUACAUGUCAGAGUUUGAUCUGGUCAACACCAUCGGAGAAGCUGCAGCUCUUGGCGCCGCCGGCAUCAUUUCCUGGGGAGACAUGAAUGUCACAGAGUCAGAGGACUCUUGCUUUGACGCUCGACGCCACCUGGAGCAGGUCAUGAACCAGUACAUCCUGAAUGUCUCCACGGCAACGCAGCUCUGCAGCGAAGCUCUCUGCCAGGGCCGAGGUCGCUGUGUGAGGAAGCACUGGGACGACGACGUCUACCUCCACCUGGACCCACGUCGGUACCAGAUCCAGCAGCAGCGCACCGGCAGCCCGCUCACUGUGAGCGGCGACCUCUCGCAGGAUGACAUCAACUGGUUCGACCGCAGCUUUGACUGCAUGUGCUACAGCGAAGAGCCAUGCAGAUCGGUCCUGACGAUCAACAUCAUCCAGGAGGCCGUCGUCACCAGGAAGAAUGGAGGUGCUGACAGGCCCCGCCCCUUCCUGCUGGUGAUGGUACUGCUCUGUCUGAAGCUUGUCGGGAUGGGAAUAUAAAAUAAAACCACAAACCUGAUACAACAGGAUGUGUGGUUAUGGACAGUUAAAGGACAGUUACACUGAUAUUUGAGUUUGUUGAACAUUUCUUGUUAUUUCUGUUUUUUUUCUGUUUUAAAUAUUUUAAAUACAGUUUAUCUUCAGGCUCAUUCAUUCAGUUACACUCACAGUUGGAUUAACCUGUUAAUUAAAGGACUAUCAAAGGAAGGACUUUAAUUAAAGAGUAACAUAAAAACCCUUCCAAAUCCUGUUGCUGAUGUCCAGUGAUUGACUGACUUCAUCCAGCAGUAUCACCAGGUCUAAAUCUUGAUUGAACACCUGCUAAACUAAUUCAUUCCCAUCAGCCUCAGUUAUACUUUGUGCUUAGCACAGAUUGGCAAGUAUUAGCAUGCUAACCUGCCAAAUUAAGAUAGUGAACAUGGUAAACAUUACAAGUGCAUUGUCUCCAGAGCAAUUUGAGGGACAGAGGGCAGCAAAGCAUGAGACAUAGGGCCACAUGGCUAAAAUGGCUGAAACAAACACAUUUAUUUAACAAUAAGAAAAUAAAAGACUGCAGCCAACCAGUCGUCCAAGACAAUUCAACUGUUGAAGAUAAAGACUCAGUAAAGCUAAAAACUUAUUUCUAGGGAAUGGGGGUAAGAGGGCAGAUGUUCAAGUCACGAAGGUUAAAAUGUGUGCAAUAACAAAACAAACAAAUAAGACACAAACAAAACAAGCUCAUGAGAGCACAAAAAACAUGACUAUUUGUCAACCAUUUCUGUACUAAAACUUUAAAUCCCUUGUAAUACCUCUGUUCCACCAACAUGGAAUAGGUUCCGUUCUAGUUUUCUGCACCUAAUUUUGAAAUUUUGGCCAAAAAUAAAUUGGUCCAGAGCCUGAAAAUCAGUUCUCAGCUGGAACCAAUCAGGUUUUCAGGUGUAAACCAUGACAACAUCAGUGGGCGUGUCCUCUUCUACAGGUUGUACAGAGAGGGUGGAGAAGGAAACAAAUAUCUAGAAUAACAUUACAAACACUCGCACACACGUCUCUUGAUUACAAUUGUUCUGAUCUAAACUGGAGGAAAGGUGGGCUGGGUCACUGGAUAGAACCAAGGUUACAAGAAUCCUGAACGGAACCAGAGCGAAUUUGGUGGUUUCAGC